GUCUACUUCCCCCUUUGUUUAUUUUUUUUCUUUUGCUGUCUGCCACGCAAAAUCCCCAAUUCGAAUCGAUAAAACCCUAAAUACUUAAUUUCCUAAAAUCUUAUUUUCAUUUCCUUUGAUUUUAAUUGUAAUAACCCAAGCUCAAGCUCAUAACCAAUCCAAAGAAGAAGAAGAAGAAGAAGAAGAAGAAGAAGAAGAAGAAAAGAAGGAAAUGAGCAAUUUGAGGACAGUUUGUAGACCGCACAUGGUAUUUUCUUCGUUGAUGUGUAGUAGUAGGCUCCUCCACCUCCAUCAAGCUCGAUCCAGAAGUAGGGUUUCCUUUCGAAACCCUGAUUUCAGGUCGUCUUCGUUCUCUUCGUGGUUCCAUUUGUCCAGAAAUUUAAGCAGGAAGGAACCUUGGUUUCGGGUCAAUCAAAGGAGAACUGCCGUUAGGGCAUCGAAUUGGUCGGACCAAAAAUCCCCCUAUGACACUCUUGAGUUAGAAAGGGAUGCCGAUGAAGAACAGAUCAAGACUGCAUACAGGCGUUUGGCCAAAUUCUAUCACCCUGAUGUCUACGAUGGUAAAGGGGCUCUUGAAGAAGGUGAAACUGCUGAAGAAAGAUUCAUCAAGAUUCAAGCUGCUUAUGAAUUGCUCAUAGAUGUGGAGAGACGGAGGCAGUAUGAUAUGGAUAACCGAGUCAAUCCAAUGAAGGCAUCAGAAGCAUGGAUGGAGUGGCUUAUAAAAAAGAGAAAAGCUUGGGAUCAGCGAGGAGAUAUGGCUGUUUCAGCUUGGGCAGAACAGCAGCAGCUUGAGUUGAAUCUUCGUGUUCGCCGUCUUUCUCGUUCUAAGAUAGAUCCUGAUGAAGAAAGAAAAAUCUUGGCAAAAGAGAAAAAGGCAUCAAUAGAACAUUUCAACAACACUCUUAAGCGGCAUACUCUAGUGCUAAAGAAAAGGGAUUUGAUGCGAAAGAAAACAGAAGAGGAAAAGAAAAAGGUCAUAAGUCAGCUUUUAGCUGCAGAAGGCCUUGAGCUUGAUACAGAUGAUGAAUCUCAGUAAAAUAUGUUGUACAUAUGGCAAACACACUAAAUUCUUUAUGUUGCACCUCCCCGAUGCAUAAUCGCAUAUACAUACGACACUU